CGUAGGCUUCGUCCUUUCUCCACGAAAACCAAAAUAGGGACGUUCUAUUCGUUUUUUCUUUCACACGGUCGGAAAUGAGAUCAUUAUCGUAAAACCGUAUUAUUUAUAUUUUACGAAUGACCUGUGACCCUAUAUCAGUUAGAAGCUGAUAAUCAACGUUCGCGUAGUAACUUAUCGCGACUAAGCCUUAUACUGGCGAAGAUCUAGCGACCCCAGCUCUAUUCGAACUAGAAUGGUUUUUUUUUUUUCUUGUCUCUCGUUUUUUGAAUCACCACAUCCCCGCUUACCCGACUAUUAGAGUCGUGCGCAAAGAUUCGUUUCCUAGCCGGGUGCAAAUCGAACCGGGAAGAGGAAUAGAACUUGGUGGUAAUGAAAUCCUAAUUAAGCUUUGGACAUACAACGCUGAUAUGGCUUUGAUAAUUUUACUUCACGAGGCGCUACUUUGACAACGAUAUCCUAACUUUUGACAAACAACCUUGCACCGUUCGCCUCGUGUGGUUAAUUGUUUUUCGAGCUAGUUUAUAGAAAGUAGAGUUGUUUGGUUCAACAAUGCGUGGUGAUAAAAAGCCAUUACUUAAUGCAGAGUACGACUCUGAUAACUCUGACGCCGUACGGGAUCUUGAAGAUGCGACCGAAUUCCAAAAUACAACACCUCUUGAACGAGCCCCGAAGUGGGUGCAGCAAGAUAAUGAUUAUACGUCAAGUACGAGUAAAGUUAAAAUCAAUAUCGAUGGGAUGAGCUGUCAGAGCUGUGUCAAAAACAUCGAAGGAACUAUUGGUGCAAGAGAAGAUGUUGUAAAUGUUAGAGUAGAUUUAGAUGAGAAAGCAGGUUACAUAGAAUACAAAAAUGACGAGACAACGGCUCAUGAACUAGCAGAAGCCAUUGGAGACAUGGGAUUUAUUGCCACUGUAGAAUCCUCAACGAAUCGGUACAGAAAUGAUAGUCUUCCCGAAUCUACUAUAAGUACGUGCAGCAUACACAUCGAUGGAAUGACUUGUGGAUCAUGUGUCAAAAGUAUUACAGGUGCAAUCUCAGAAAAACUAGGUGUAAAAGAAAUCGACGUUAGCCUGGAAGCCAAAGAGGCCAAAGUAUCCUAUAGUAGUGGCGAUGUGACCGCGGAUCAAAUAGCAAACUACAUUGAAGAAAUGGGAUUUGACGCAUUUGUUAAAGAAGUUAAUGGAAAACUGAAGAAACCUCAUUCUGACACAGCAACCAAUAAUCACUUAAAAAAUGGAGGUGUAAUUGUGCAAAUGAACGGGGGUGGUGAUAUAAUGAGCUCUAAACUUUCGAAGUGUUAUUUGCACGUCAAGGGCAUGACAUGCGCAUCUUGCGUAGCCGCGAUCGAAAAACAUUGUAAAAAGUUGUACGGGGUUGACAGUAUCUUAGUGGCACUGUUAGCUGCGAAAGCCGAAGUGAAAUUUGAUGCUGAAAAAAUAGCACCAGCUGAUAUUGCAUCCAGCAUUUCUGAUCUGGGAUUUCCUGCGUCAUUGAUCGAUGAACCUGGUUCUGGGGAGGGCGAAAUUGAACUGAAGAUUACAGGUAUGACGUGUGCUUCAUGCGUCAACAAAAUCGAGUCUCAUGUUAAAAAAUUGUUUGGUGUAAGUUCGGCAGUAGUAGCACUCACAACUCAACGCGGAAAAUUUAAAUAUGAUGCGGAAAAAACAGGUGUUAGGGACAUAAUUGAAAUUAUCAAUAAAUUAGGCUUUACUGCAACUUUAUUUAGCAACGAGGAUAAAGAGAACAGAGGAUAUUUAGAUCACAAGGAUGAGAUUCGAAAAUGGAGAGUCACAUUUUUGAUAUCUCUAAUUUUUGGUGUCCCAUGUAUGGCAGCAAUGACAUACUUUAUGUUCAUCAUGUCUUUCGGUGGUAAAUCUCAUCACGAUAUGUGUUGUGUAAUACCCGGACUAUCGUGGGAAAAUCUUAUCCUUUUCGUCUUCUCAACUCCUGUGCAGUUUUUUGGUGGCUGGCAUUUUUAUGUCCAAGCAUACAAGGCAGUGAGACAUUGUUCAACUAAUAUGGAUGUCUUAAUCUCAAUGACUACAACGAUAUCAUAUGUGUACUCAGUUGCUGUUCUCACUGCUGCAAUAGUAAAAGAGCAAUCUGUCAGUCCUCAAACUUUUUUUGAUACUCCACCAAUGCUAUUAGUGUUCAUUAGCCUAGGAAGAUGGUUGGAGCACGUUGCAAAGGGAAAAACAUCCGAAGCAUUGUCCAAACUAUUAUCUUUGAAAGCAACGGAAGCAACUCUAGUUUCUUUGGGAGCAAAUUAUGAAAUACUGUCUGAGCGUUUGAUAAGCAUUGAUUUGGUCCAACGUGGUGACAUUCUAAAAGUAGUUCAGGGUGCUAAAGUCCCUGUUGACGGCAAAGUUCUUUCGGGUCAUUCAACAUGUGAUGAAAGUCUGAUCACUGGCGAAAGCAUGCCAGUGCCAAAAAAGACUGGAUCUCUUGUUAUCGGUGGAUCAAUCAAUCAAAACGGGCCACUUUUGAUCACAGCUACGCACACUGGAGAGCAUACAACUCUAGCACAAAUUGUUCGUUUGGUUGAAGAAGCUCAAACGAGUAAAGCACCUAUUCAGCAGUUAGCGGAUAAAAUCGCUGGAUAUUUUGUACCAUUCGUCAUAGCUGUAUCUACAAUAACAUUAUUAGCAUGGACAGUGGUCGGCUACGUUAAUAUAGACCAAUUACCCAUAUCUGACAAAGACCACAUAAACAAAUAUGAUGAAAACAGAGAAGAGAUAAUUUUUCAGUUUGCCUUCCGUUGUGCGUUAUCUGUACUGGCUAUUGCAUGCCCCUGUGCUUUAGGACUGGCAACUCCAACGGCGGUAAUGGUUGGUACCGGAGUUGGAGCAAUCAACGGUAUCCUGAUCAAAGGUGCAGAACCGUUGGAAAAUGCACACAAAGUUAAAAGUAUUGUUUUUGACAAAACUGGAACAUUGACUCACGGGCUUCCUACUGUAACUAAAAUUGGCUUAUUCGUUGAUGAAAAGAUUUGUUCAAUCACUAAAUUACUGUCGAUAGUUGGAACCGCGGAAGUCAAUAGUGAACAUCCAAUUGCUUCAGCGAUUGAACGGUACGUUAAAGAAACGAUCGGAACCGAAGUCAGUGGUCAAUGUACAAACUUCCAAGCAGUACCUGGCUGUGGACUCAAAUGCAAAGUAUCUCAUCUGUCUACGAUGAUGUCUUAUGCCCUCAAAGCUGAGAAAAUUAUCAACUACACCAACCAAGCCAAGCACGCGAUUUCUGGUACUUUCAGUCUCAAUGACGUACCCGUAGAUAUUGUGCCAACAGCAAGUUCGGUUCAGGAAAGGCAAAACUUGGAUUUAGAGUUAUUAUUGAGCCCGGACGUGCAUACUAACCAAACAGAUUUCAAUGAUACGUAUGAAGUUGCCAUAGGAAACAGAGAAUGGAUGAGAAGAAACGGUGUCCAUGUGCCAAUAGAAGUUGACCUGCGAAUGUCUGACGAAGAAGAUUUGGGUCAUACUGCUGUUUUAGCUGCUAUAAAUGGAACACUGAUUGCUAUGAUUAGCGUAGCUGAUACAGUCAAAUCUGAAGCACAUUUGACGGUAUAUACCUUGAAAAAAAUGGGGCUAGAAGUAAUAUUAUUGACCGGUGAUAACAGAAAAACUGCUGCAUCAAUUGCUAGGCAGGUGGGUAUAAGCAGAGUUUUUGCAGAAGUUCUACCGUCCCACAAGGUAGCAAAGAUUCAACGAUUGCAAGAACAAGGGUUGAGAGUGGCUAUGGUAGGAGAUGGGGUGAAUGACAGUCCAGCUUUGGCUCAGUCUGACGUUGGCAUUGCCAUUUCCUCGGGAACUGAUGUUGCCGUAGCAGCUGCGGAUGUUGUAUUGAUGAGAAAUGACUUACUGGAUGUUAUUGGUUGCUUAAAUCUCUCACGAAAAACAGUUCGCAGGAUACGAAUGAACUUCCUGUUUGCCAGUAUAUAUAAUUUGUUAGGUAUUCCAAUUGCAGCUGGUAUGUUCAGUUCGCUCGGAUUCACACUUCAACCUUGGAUGGCUUCGGCUGCUAUGGCUUUGAGUUCAGUCUCCGUUGUCGGAAGUUCGCUCAUGCUUAAGUUAUACCGUAAGCCCACAAGAGCAGUGUUGGAAACGCCAGAAUACAUUGCUGCAAUGCAAGCCCAUCUUGCCGCUAGGUCAAUAGAGUUGGAAUCUGUUUCUGUGCAUGGUGGUGCCGAUGAUGAACUAGCACCAGCAUUACCAAGAUCAUCUUCAACACUAUCUAGAUUAUUUGGGAGAUCGAAAAAUGCUGUCGAUGGCAGACUCCUUGGAGAUGAUGGAGAAGACGUUGAUCUUGCUAUACAUUAUGCAGGAUGUAAAAAAGAAAGAAAAAAUGACACUGAGAUGACCCUAUUGUAAACAAAAAGAAGCAAAUUUUUUCACUGUGCAGUGAAAAACGCUAUUGGUGUUCAAAAACCUACUAUGACUCUACAUCAUGAUCUGAAGUGGAAAAGGUAACUCUUUGUGAUCAACUGUAUUUGAGACAACGAUUUGUACACUUGAAUGAAUAGAAUCGGUCACUAUUAGUAACCUUCUACAAGUGAAUUAUGGUGAAAGAGGCUCUUGGAAAAUGAUAAGUAACAUGAGUAAGGAGUGUUAUUUAAUCACUGCGGGAUCAGUUCUUAAAGUCUUUUUCAUUGUUUGAAAAUAGAUUAUACCGUACUUACCUUAAUUGCUGACUAGGUGCAUUCACAGCACAGCAUAGUUGUUCGAACAAGAUUUCUAAUGACUUAUUUGAAGUGAAAAAUGCGACCUGCAAUAUUUGUAUAUACCCAUGUAUCUUUGCAGCUUUUCGAUGAAAUUACUUGCGAAUUCACGUGCGUGAAUCUUGGUUUGAUCUAUAAAUAAAUGUAAAUAAGCAGAGUGGCGUACAAUAGUUCGCGCAAAUUAGAAACUACAUCUUUUAGUAGCGUAUACAUAUACUAGUGUCGCUUAGAAAUUCUCCAUUUCAAGAAGACAAUCGUUUGUAAUUAUGUAAAUAUUAUAAUAUUUUAUAUGUAUAUCGACUGUCAUAAUUCAGUUGGGAUAUCGAAUUCAUCAUUUGUUAUAAAAAACGCACCUUAGUCUUCAAAUUAACAAACAGAUACAUUUUUUGGUCAUGUUAGAUAUGAAAAACUAGACAAUUCAAAACAUAAAUUAUACGUGAUACAUGAUACCUCCAUGUGAAAGUUUUAGCAAUUAAAAUUGAACAGCUGUUCGUGAAGUUUAUAAUAUCCUUUGUUUUUCUACAUAGUAUUUUUUCUGACCAGAUAUAUCCAAACUUCAAUCUAGCUGAUCACCUUAUAAAAAUGGCAUAGUAUGAAGUACUGCACCAAAAUCAAAACUUCCAAGUCACGAUGACUAUAUAUGUUUAAAUCAAACUGUCACACCUAUUGUGAUACGUAACGCUAUCGAGACUGCCAGAACGAACUAAUGUAAUAUAAAUGGUUACCCAUAAUCUACCAAAAAUUUUAGUGCCACUUAUUGGUCAUGAGAAUAAACUAUAAGAAGAUAUAUUUUUUGUUGAAUAUUCGUGACUUAAAAAGGUGUAAUGCAAGACUUGAAAUAACCCAUUACCAAUAAUGUAUUUAAUGUUUAUCAUUUAUCGUCGUCUACUGGGUAUUUUUUAAUUAAGUCAUUACAGUAUGUGUAUAGUUCCAGAAAUUUUAUAAAUAUAUCAUUUUUUAUUGACAAUUAAAAUAAAUAUUUUUCUCUUGAA